AUUCUUCGGGUGAGCUUGCUUUAUGUGCAGAAGUUAAGAAUGAAUAUAUCACCUUCUGAGUGCAGCAGUGGAUGCGAAUCAGGAUGGACUAUGUACUUGGAUCAACAUUUUAAUUCUACAGUUCAAUACAGCAAGACCUCUGAUAAAGAUUAUCAAAGAAAAGGGACACACGUGAAUGAGGAGGAAGAUGACUACGAUUUGUCUAUGGUAUCAGAUGCAUCAUCAGGCCCUCCACAAGUCGAUGCCUACGAAAAUAGUGCUGAAAAGAACAAGAAAAGCAAGAAGAAAAACAAAAUAAAAGAGCAAAAGGGAGAAGAAAAGAAUUUGUAUCUCGAUGAUACUGCUAGCUCUCCUUUGUGUAAUUUUUCCCAGGACAUUUUGGGACCUGCUAGCACUCACACUUCUAUGGAGCAUGUCCCUGGUUUCUCACAAGCCUUGCCUGCUUCACAUGUUCAAAAGCAUUUUGGGUUCUUCAAAUCUUCACAGAAAGAGAAAAGAGCUUCAGCAAAAUCAGGCAGUUUGCUGGGAAGAACAAGACAGUAAUUAAGAACUGGCAAGUUUAUAUUUUCGGUCUUUGCUUCAGGCUUCAGCAGGUUGCUCAAGAGGGGGAAGAGAAUGCCGAAAUAAAAGAAAAUGGCAGAAGAAUUAUAAAGAUCUUCUUUGUAUAUAUCUCUUUAAUGUAUUUGUUUUAAUUUCCUACCUGUUGUUGUUUUCCUGUCCAUGCAGUAGGGAACGACCUUAGAAAAUAUAUGUAAAAAUUGAAAAUAAAAAAAUCAAACUCUUUUUCGUUUUUCCAAUUUAUUUAUUUAUUUUCUCCAUUUUGAAUAGUUGUUGCAAUUGCAAGAAUUGAUGUGCCUGCUGUUAUAUUUGUGAAGCACUAAAUGAGAAGAAUUGUUUGGAGGUA